AUGAUCGAUGACACCGGCACCGUGGGCGAGCCGUCACUGGUCACAGUGCAAACAUACAUUUCCACGGCCAUUUACCUACUUAACGCAGGGCAAUACCAGACUGCGUAUACCAUGCUAGGAUUGGCUAUCCGAUUUGCGUACGCGUUGGAUCUUCACCGGGAUGACCCCGUUCCCCUGGACUUGAGUGACGCCGAAUGGAAAAGGCGAACCUGGUGGGUGCUCGUUAUGCUCGACCUGAGAUGUUCCACCGAGCUAGGCAGGCCGACGGCGACAUGUGGCUCAGCCCUGGCCUGUUCCCUACCCUCACCGGAUAUUCAGAGCCCUCACGUCAAACUCGAGUAUCAUGUUUGGACCGCAAAACUUACCGCGGCCCGACUGCUCUUGCACGAGAGUUUGGCACGAUCCAAAAUGGACGGCGCUAUUGCCAACGGAGGGGUGGCCGACAUAUCUGCCGAGGCUCUGGCACAGGCCAUUACGCCCUUGGAAAGGUGGAGGGAUGAACUUGGAAACAGUGACAUGUUCGCUCAUUUGGAUCUCGACAAGCCCUUAUCAUUUGCGCCAGACUUUGAUCUGUUACCUGAAUGGUUGCAGAGGCAAGUUAUAUUGCUCUCGCUUCACUAUCACGACAUCAUGAGCAUGCUCUACCGGCCGUUUAUUAUGCAGUCACUUUCAGAUCGUCUACGGAUCGAUCGCGAAGCCGAUGAUGUCGAUCCUCUCUCCGACAGAGGCCUGCGACACGCGCUCAACGUCAUUGAUAUAAUCUUCCUUGCCCUUCGCGCCUCAGAUCUCCUGUAUGGUCAGUUCGAGUUGUACAGUUUACAAUGGAACGCGAUGCUGAACUUAGUUCUGUUCAUAUCGGCCUACCCUCUGGCUAUGGAUCCCGACACUGCGAUCAGUAAACUUGACCGUGCUGUCCUUCUCUUCCAGUUGAGUGAGAAACGGUACGCGGUGGCCAGGCGGGCGAAUGCCCUUUGCCGCAAGCUCCGCGCUGCAGGAAUUCAUAUUGUCAAAGACGCGAAUCGUAGCGUCAGAAGUGACCCGAGCUACUACUAG